ACGCUCUAUUCACUAGACUACCUGCCGCCCCAGAAUGAGUUUAGCCAAACAUUUUUAUAACUAACCCUAUAUGUGGUUUAGCUAGCCAACGUCGCCAUGAAAUCGCUUACAAGUGUGAUAAAGGAUUUCUAUCGGAUAAGCAGUUUCUGCCUAUCUUCAUACUGUACUGUCUUUCUUAUCUCGUUUGUGCCGCGCGCAUGCUCAGAUGGUGGCCUUGGAGAUGUCUAGAAGAUUUAGCAUUAGCCAUAAUAUAAAUAACAAAGCACACCACAGCAAAGAGGAGGACCAUGUUAGAUCUCUACCCUCCAUGGCCGCACAAACUGAAAAUGGGUUUUUACAUCUGAAACAGUACCUCAAAGAGAUGUCCUCCAUGAGACAAGCUUUGAACACAGGCCGUCCCUUGGUAAUUUGCUUGAGGGACCAGGAUAGACUUCCACCCCUACCAAAGAAAACCUCACCCAGAUCUACUAAUGACAAGAUUGCUGCAGAUAUAGAAUGCACCAUGUCAAUAAAGCAGCAUGCUCCAGCAGAAGAGGAAAUAUUAAGAAGGAUAAAAUUCAGGAGGGACGAGCACAUAAUAGAGAAGCUUCAGUGGAUCUACAAGAUACUUUGUGGCUUAACCAACAUGAGGAAUAGAGACGUGAAAACACUGUUGCCUCUUACAAGUGGGUAUGUGAACAUCAUCAUGAAAGACACAGAUAAAACCAAUGUUCUUUUGAAGAACUCUCAGAGGUGUCUGAUUCCAUUUGCACCUGAGGACAUGAACAUCAACCCAGACUUGUGGGAGUCAUUCAUCAAUCACCAAGACCAAGAGCCAAAAUCACCCUCCGCUAAGUUUGCUGGUUGUAAGCCUGUCCAGUUAGGACUCAGAAGGAAGGCAGGUCUAAAGGAGGUAGAGAAUGAAACUGGGGACCUACCUCCCUGGCUGAACCUGCUCUUGGAUGAGAACACCACAUAUGAGAAGGAUCCUCAGAAACCAAAGAACAGACAUGAUAUGCUGGAACGUGUCAGAACAAAGUUCAUCGAAAUCCAGAGAUCUAUGAACAAUCAGAUGGAGACAGACAUGUUUGAGAAGAAAAUACACAGAGAGGAGAGAAUGAGGACUCUCCUGGAUGCAUUGAUGGCCUCAAGGAAGGAGACAAGUCUACCUAUGCUUCUCUCCUCCCUAAAACAUGAGCUCAGGGAACCAAAAUCUGCGCUUUUAUUUUGGUACGAAAUCCUGAAGAGCGAUGUCUCAGAACUGUCCGAUAACAGGGACUUUGAGUACAGGACCAUCCUGCAGAAGAUCGGCCAAUUCCACAACUUAUCUCACAAGAAGUUGCCCUACUUAAAGGAGAAAUUUUGUCUCCUUGUUCUCUCUCUGCCAUCGAAUCAGCUUCUGCAACCAGCCAUGCAAGAUGCUCUGAUGUUCCUCACUGAGAACGUCUUCCAGCUCCUACCCCAACAACUCAAGCACUGGUAUCAGUAUCUCAAACUGCCCUUUUAUGACGCCUCCUGACUCUUAAACUCAAGUCAUCCUCAGGGGGCUGCCAGCCAAUGGUUGUUAUUUUAGUUUAAAUUAUAUUAAAUGUAAUUUGUUUCAGAAAUAUGGACACAUCAGUCUUGUGUAAUUGUUGUACUUAGUCAGGCAAGGAACCGCUCUGAACACUUGUCAGUUUUAAGAGACUUUCUUUAGUUUCACAAUUUAAAAUAUUCAAGACAAAUUUACAUUCCUUUGAGAUAUAUUAGCAUUUUGCCUCUACAGCGUUUAUAUACAAUAUCUGCAUUGAAAUGCAUAGUGGUAUGAAUAUAAAGACAAUCUACAUUACAUUUUAACAAAAUAUUAAGACUAUACCAGCAUAGUCGAAAUCAAAUAUCACCUUCCAUAUAGUUCCAGGAUAAAAACAAAACUUAUUUGAAAAAUAAUACUGACAUUACAACACAUUUCAAAGAACUGGAUGGUAUCCAAAGGAAACAACCCUAUCCAUUUAUCCUAAGUGAGCUGAAAACCUAUAGGCUAUAGUGUAGAGACAUUGCUGCUUAAUUCAAGUUUGAAAGAAAUAAAUGGACCAAAGGAAUGCACAAAAAAAAAAAAACGGUUUGCAAUGUAAAUAAUAUGCUGUUAUUCCUUCUAUAAUGAGUCUGGUUCAUUGAACAAAAUAAUCAAGCUGUUCUAAGUACACGAAGAAUUAUCAUAAUUCUCAACAGCUACUGAUAUCUAUCUAGAACACAGGAUAAGAAAAUGUUUAGUGCUUGGAUUUAUCUAAAGUUAACAUUUAACAACAACGCUUAAAAAUAAUGUCAUACAGCUAAUAGGAGAGGACAAGUCCAGCAUAUCCUCAUAAAGCAAGUACAGGCUACAUUACAAAAAGUUAUUAAAACAAAUGACUGAUUUGAUGACAGAAUAUGCAUCUCACACAUUUGUAACAUACAGCAUUCUCCAACAAAAUAUGCUUCCCAAUUGCUGAAAGCAUCAAUAUCUUUUGUCAAAGAAGUAAUACAUGUCAUGAACAGCAUCUAAGAAUUCACAGAUGUUUUUAACAGUGACAAUAAUUCUUGAUAUCGUCACCCAUACCUGUAGGCCUAUGUUUUUGAGGCAACAUUUCUAAGCAUCUCCCAUAUACUGUAGGUGCAUGUUGACAGAAGUGGUUUCACCAUUAAGAUGAGUGGAGUAAUUUAGUGUUAGUCAGUAUUGGUAUUCUUAGUAGAGAUAGUACCUGUAGUACGGCAAUUUGAAAGAAUGCAAUAGUGGUUCUCAUUUGUGAAGAACAUUUAUGAGUUGGGAAUCUGAGAGGAUUCCUAAAGUCAGGUUCUGAAUAUGAGGUGGAUAGACACACUAUUCAAAUCUGUAAUGAUGAAAGUGACUGUUGCACUCUUCAAGUACGACCUCCCAGACAUCUCAUCCAUCCGUGGGCUACCUGAAGGAGUGUCUGAAAUGUACACUCCUCCGCUUCAGCUUCUCUGGGUUGUGGGAGGCCAUGUGAGAAAACUCUCGGAAGAUGUCCAGGUAAGUAGUGUCUCCUGAAAAGGGAUAGCAAUGUAACAGAGCAUUAUCGUCAAGAAUUGCAAUUGAAUUGAACUGGUAAAUAACAGUAGGCCUGCCAUAAAAUAAAGUGGAAUUUGUGUGAAAAAACAUUAAAUCGAUUGUUCAAAACCUGAAAAAAAGAUUUUAAAAAUGAGACACUCGAUUCUAGAUAACACAUCAGCAGAGGAACAAACCCAUAGUCUAGUCAUCAUGACUCUAGGCUUCACCCAAUCUAUUACCAAAUUCUCAAGCUUUACUUUUCUGGUGACAAUGGCGACCGCCAGUCAAACUCCUUUCUACCCCAAGAAAUUCUCAGCUAGACUAAUUUAAAAAAGGAGGGAAGAAGAACAUUCCAGUCUAUGGCUGUGUGUAUCUAUGAUUAUUUGGUAAUUUAUGAUCAAUGGGCAAAUGCGCAGCACACCAAGUACAGGGGCCAAUUCACAGGCCUUUCAAAUAAACGGUUGAGAACCGAUUUAUCAAACAAAUUGAAAACAUUUUAUAAAGCGCUGAAACAAGUAUAAAAAAAAUAUAUAUAUAUAUAAAUGGGGCAAACUGGAUUGAUCAUAGAAAUAAUGUUUGAAUCCCUGAGUUGAAUGUAGGAGGACAGGUUUUCUAAUCUCUGAAAAUGUGUGGUAUGUUGUUAUAUCUUCACCCUAGACGUAAGUGGUUGACUCAUAAGUGCAUUGCCAGUUCAGGUUAAUGCAGUUAGUUGCAGUGACAGGGGGAGUGUUAAGUUGCAGUGACAGGGGGAGUGUUAAGUUGCAGUGACAGGGGGAGUGUUAAGUUGCAGUGACAGGGGGAGUGUUAAGUUGUAGUGACAGGGGGAGUGUUAAGUUGCAGUGACAGGGGGAGUGUUAAGUUGUAGUGACAGGGAGAGUGUUAAGUUGUAGUGACGGGGAGUGUUAAGUUGUAGUGACAGGGAGAGUGUUAAGUUGUAGUGACAGGGGGAGUGUUAAGUUGCAGUGACAGGGGGAGUGUUAAGUUGUAGUGACAGGGGGAGUGUUAAGUUGUAGUGACAGGGGGAGUGUUAAGUUGUAGUGACAGGGAGAGUGUUAAGUUGCAGUGACAGGGGGAGUGUUAAGUUGCAGUGACAGGGGGAGUGUUAAGUUGUAGUGACAGGGAGAGUGUUAAGUUGUAGUGACAGAGGGAGUGUUAAAACAGUGCUAUAGAAAGAACAGAAGAAAUGAAGCAAUAAGCAGCGGGAGAAGUUAGGUGUUGAAUGAGUCACAUCUUCCAUUUAUUUUCAGUAUUUUCUCAUUUUAGCAGACAUUAGCAAAAGGAAAUUAACAUAAAGGUAGCAGUAGUGUAAGGUAAAGAUACUCAGAGACAUGUUCUCUAACAAUAUACAAACAACAUGUACAGAGGUAAUUAGUAAAAAAAAAAAAAAAGAAAGACAAUACAGGAAAGUUCAAAUUUACAUGUUUCAAGCAAGCAGUU